UCUCACAGUUUUAUUUUGGCUGCAAGGGCGCAUGUGUGUAGUAGCAGGCAGUAGCUUAAGUUCUUUUUAGAAAACGAAGGAUAAUGGUUUUCGACUUGUAGCCUGCUAGUUUAUAGAAAUGAUGUCGAUCGCCAGAGUGAAGCUACUGUUUCGGGGAAUAAACCCGCAUUCCAACCAUAAAUUAUACCAAGGAAAACGCCCGGUGACGAGCACUCCGUCGGGAAGUCUUCUUCCAGAACCGAAAAAAACACCUUUCGGUAUUCUAGGUAUUAUUUGUGCCGUAAUUCCCGGCCUUCUGAUCGGUGCGACUAUCAGCAAAAAUAUGGCUAAUUUUCUCGAGGAGAACGAGCUCUUCGUACCGUCGGAUGACGAUGACGAUGACGAUUAAGCUCAAACCUCGUAGUAUACCAAUGCUAAGACGCUUUAUCUGCUAAACUGCUUUAUACAUGAGGACAACAUGGUCUGCCAUCUCAAUGAUUGGAAGAUUUCAAGGCAUGGUUGUUGACCUGUAUUUAUUUUUCUUCGAGUAUUUAUUUACAAAAAUGACAAAGUUUUAGUACGCAUAGUAGUAAUUGUAAAAAUUAAAAAUAUUUUCAAAUCUAUUCAAAUUGUUUAAAUAAAUUAAUUGAUGAUAAAUAAA